AAAGUCGCGUAUGUAGACUUUAUAUGCGGCUGCCUGACGAAGAAAAGCGGCAAGCCCGAAGAACUGGCACUGAGAUCAGGGAUGGUGAUGCCGAUAUAUACUGUGUCAUCAUCAUCACUAACGGACAAAUGUAUCGAAAUCCAGAAGUAGAUAAAGCAACUAAACCGGAUACGCUCUAUUGCGCGUUUGUUUUUAGUUUUUUUUUUAUCCGUUAAAGGUCGGGAGGUAUCGCUUCCAAAUCGAAAGAGAUGCGAGCAUCUUUCAUGAUCUACAUGGAGAACAACUAAGACGAGACGUAUCCACAGAUGAUGAGCUAUUCCUGUGCGUAAAAUGGCAAGCGUGCUGUCUGGCUGAAACGGAAUGGAUAUAUACCCUACUGCAUAGCGACAUAGACGUGCUGCCUGCCUCUGAGUCUAUUCCUGCGCGGGAGUUGUGUGGAAGAUGUACUGGAGGAGAGUGGUGAUCAGCGCACCGAAUUACCGUAUCCGCGCACAGCAGUCAGAGAGAGGGGGCGAAUAGAAAGCUGCUGGUGAGCCUGUGGUGACCGAGGCACGGACGCGGGCUGAAGUGGUAGUGGGAAUGCCAGCACUUCAAACGAUGGGGCUUUAACAGCCCCGCUUCAUACUGAUGCACCAAACACUUCAAUUUUGACCCAGCACUGAGUCCUUUUCCACGGCCAUGAUCAUCUAUUUUUCCCCUUCAGCUGACGGAUUGUCUAGUAUUUUUAUUCGCCCCAGCUAUUUCUGAAGGGGGAUUUAUUUUGUGCAUUCCACACGUGUUGUAGACUGUUUUCUCUUAUUUUUGGGGGGUGAGAAGCAUUGCGCUGGAUGGGAGCAGAAUGGAAGGCUGUGUGUGUCUCUGAAGACUGCUGGCCUCUCUCCUCGGGUGUCAAUAAGCCGUCGCCACUCGCCAGCCAGGAUGCAGCUUCUUAGAGUUGCGUGGGCUUUAGCGGGAGCGGCAAUCUGUUGUUUUGUUGUUCUUCUCAUCCACUCACGCUUGCUCAAAGAAGGUCAACUGGCGGCAGGGACAUGUGAGAUUGUGAUGCUGGACAGGGACAGCAGUCAGCCCAGACGGACCAUCGCCAGACAGACUGCACGGUGCGCCUGUAAGAAGGGACAGAUCGCUGGGACGACAAGAGCCAUGCCAGCCUGUGUGGACGCUAGUAUCGUUCGGACGAAACAGUGGUGUGAGAUGGUCCCAUGUUUGGAAGAUGAGGGCUGUGACCUGUUAAUCAAUAAAUCUGGAUGGACUUGUACACAACCAGGUGGCAGAGUCAAAACCACUACAGCUCUAUGACGUGACUGGAGUCCCUGUGGAUCCUCCAUUCCUCUGACAGUACCAUGGCAGAGGAGAGCAUUGAUGACCCUGACAGACAGCCUCAGCCCACACCACCAAUCACCACCACCGGUCCAUGAACACGAACAACCAAUUCUAAACCAUACUGGGCAUUAUCCACAAAGCAAGGUCUCUUAAACACAGUCAACCAUGGCCAAUACUGGAGGGUUUGAGGGAACUUUGGGGAAGUCGAGAGCGAGGUCUCAUCUUUGACUCUGGAGAAGUUUCCUUGUGCCCUGACUCCUGGCUCUACCCGUCUACGGCUCUGACCAACCAAUGACCAUCCGCUGUAGAUAACCCACUGUCUGUCAUUGGAUCAACAUGUCCCGUCUGCCUGCUCCUAUUACUGUCCGUCUGCUUUGUAAAUGAGCAGAAUCCUCUAGUGCCAAGGAGGUCAGGUGUCCAGCGGGGCCUUGUCCAGAGAGGGAGAGACUGGUAACUAUGGAGCCAUUUUGGAUCGACUACUGUACUGUUCAGCUAAUGUCUGCUAAUUUUCAGUGGACAGAGGACUCCCACUACUUCAACCACACCUGCUUCUGUUAGACUGUAAUGGGACAGUUACGUUUCCCUAAGAACAAGGAUUAUUGUGAACCAGGCCCUCUCUGAAGUGUCUGACCUAGCGCCAGACUAUGGACUGGACCAAACGUUGGACUGGAUCUAUCCAGACUAUGGACCAGACUGGACCAGAUCCUACUGCUUGCCUUGUGCUCUGCUGUGAAUAGAACUUCUGCUGGAGUAGUACAACUUUGGCACUCUUCAUAUUUUUAUAGACCAAAGAGGAAAAAAUAACAGUUCAUUGUAAGACUAGAUGGACCAGAUUGGGAAAGAGAAAUGGAUACUUGUUUUUCUUGCUACACCACAAUGACUGCCCACAUAGCUGUAGAUGUUGGGCUUUAUGUAAUUUUGAACAUAGACUAUAGUCUAGUGGGACACGUAUACAAUCAAAGGAGUUACCUUUAAAAACAUUUUUUUUUCUCUGACUAAACCCACCACUGUAUUUUGAAACUGAAGAUAUAGGUAAACAUAUGUGUAUAAAAAAAUCUGAUUUGCAUUUUUCAUUAGCUACAAAUUGGGACACGUUGCAAUAAGCAUGGUUGGUAAAACGGUAAAAGAGUAAAACUACUGAUCAUCAUUGAGGCAAAAAAGAGAAUAUUGAAACUGUCAUUUCUGAUUGCGGCUGUUGGGCGGGGGAAAGGCAAAUUUCAUUAAAUGUAUUUUGAAAGGCAUAAAGCGUAUAUAUUUAACAGUUUUAUAUGUUG